AUGCUUGAUAUUCAAUAUUUACUAUUCAUUUUUUUGCUGGUGACAGCUUGGGAGGAUGCGAAAGUCACCACCAAUGCUGCUGCUGCUGCUGCUGUUGUAUCUGAUGGCCUAAAACAAGAUUGGACGUCGUUUACGUUUGAUCUGCAACCCGCUUCCGCAAGACUUCACAUUCCGCAAGUUUCAAAGACUAAUUCUCAUCGUCGGCGUCAUUGGCAGCACUUUGGAUUGAAUGAUACGAUACGAAGGUACUUGGGGAGAAACCAAAGGAGGCAUCACAACAAAAGGGAAAGAAAUGAUGGGGUCCUACUCUCAACUAAUGAUUUUAACAGGGAAGAUCUACCAGAGGAAUGGUUCCAUCCAAACUCCAAUGCUGUAUACGCCACGUUUCAUGGAACAGACAAUGACGACCAUCCAGCACGGAUCGACUUUGACAAAUUCCGUCAUUGGUCCAGGUACGAGAGACUAAUGCGACAUCAAUUGCAAGAAUCAUUAGAAUCGUCAUCAGCAGUAGGAAAUAAUCAAACGCUGUUGCAGCCACAUUGGGAUGGAGACUAUGAGAAGCUGAAACCACUACUACUGCCACUGCCGCAUCCAGAAGAUCGCAACCGAGAUUUGCAACAAUUUGAGCGGUAUCAAUCCGCACCCUUAUCCCAAGGGUUCGGAACACACUAUAUACAUCUGUGGAUCGGAUCACCCUUGCCACAACGACAGUCGGUCAUUGUCGAUACCGGAUCCCGAUAUACCGCCUUUCCGUGCGAAGGAUGCAAGGAUUGUGGACAGGAACAUCACACGGAUCCGUACUUUCAACCCAGCGUUAGCGAAUCUUUUCAACCACUGGAAUGUCCUUUGGAAUGUAUGGGACACGCGACGUGCAGCAGUGAAAUAGACGAGGACAGUGACAACAACAGCAACACAAACAACAAUGGCCACUGUUAUUUCUCCCAGGCAUAUACGGAAGGAUCCUCUUGGAUGGGAUAUCAAGCCAAGGAUUUGGUGUACUGUGGUGGCAGGGAUCUUCUUCAAGCGGCCAGUCAAUUGGAUACCAACUAUAGCAUUCCAUUCAUGUUUGGAUGUCUGCAAGAGGAGUCCGGUCUGUUUGUGACGCAAUUGGCCGAUGGUAUUAUGGGACUGUCGGCCCAAGAGCAUACCCUUCCUAAACAACUCUACAAUCUUGGCAAAAUUGAAUACAACAUGUUUGCCUUGUGCUUUCGAAGAGAGUUGGGAUCUAGCAAACGAGGAGUCACGGCCGGUACAAUGACACUAGGGGGUGUAUCAUCGACUUUGGAUACCUCGCCAAUGAUAUACGCCAAGAAUACACAAACAAAAGGUUGGUAUACAGUCAGUGUGAAGCGAAUUUACAUUGCCAAGAAUGGAGGGAGACAAUUCCUAUUUGAUUCCAGAAAGGCAGUGUCCAGUGCCAAGGAGGAUAUUGUCCCCAUACUGAUUGACGAAGACGUUGUGAAUUCGGGAAAGGGAGUCAUUGUCGAUUCCGGAACCACCGACACCUAUUUGAAUGCCAAUGCUUUGCCGGCUUUUUCCAAGGUUUGGCGCAGCGUCACGGGUAUGGAGUACAAACACAAGCCAAUCGCUCUGACGGACGAACAAUUGCAGGUUCUACCAACUGUUCUUGUGCAAUUCCAAGCCGCUUCUUCUUCGUUUGAGAAUUACCUAAAGCCAGUACUCGGCCAAGUUGGUAUGCUCGAUCCAAAGAAUUCAAUGGACGUCCUAUUGGCCAUCCCCGCAACAUCCUACAUGGAGUACAUGCCUACGAUGAAAAUGUAUGCUUCCCGAUUAUACUUUACCGAAACAUCUGGAGGAGUGCUCGGUGCAAAUGCCAUGCAGGGAUACAACGUUCUUUUUGAUUGGCAACAUCAUCGAAUUGGAUUCAGUCAAUCGAGCUGUGCGUAUGACCUCAUCGAGAAGGAAGAACAAGAAAAGUUUGGUGAAAUCAGAGAUGCCAAUCCGAGUGGUGUCUGUCGGCUUGGUCGUCCGAUUCUCACAACACCUUGCAUGGAUAGUAUCGAUGUAUCGAUCUGUCAGGCAUCGGAUAACCCAACAAAUGUCAAAAUUAUGGGUACAGAAACGUGGACAAGACUAGUACUUGAUCCGGGGAAAGAAACUGAUAGCUGCCCGUCGGUCAUGGAAGAUUGGAGUCUGAGGCAGAACAUACAGAUGGAACCAAGUGAAAUCAGGUGCGAUCACGAUGGUCAUUGCCAAGAGAUUCGUCCGUGUCAAGUCCCCUGUAUGGUAGCAUUGGAUUUGGCUUCUGCUACUGCUGGUAUCCAAAGCACCAAAAAGAAGGCUGGGAAAACUAAUGUGGAAGGAACCGGAAAUUGUGCUUCGACAACCAAAGUGUGGAGUGCUUGCGACUACAAAUGUGAGCAGACCAAGGUCUCUGCCGCCCUUGAUGAUCAAGAUGUUUGUGUGGAAUCAUCCAGAGAGAUUCGCAGCUGUCAUACGGGCGCUUGUUGUCGAUUCGAUGCUUGUUUGGUGCCGUACUUGGUUCAAACAAUCCUAGUACUGGAAGGCAUUGAAAUUGACGAUUGGGAUAUGCACAAGGUUGAAGACUUCAAAACACAGUUGGCAUCACUUGCUUCAAGAAAAAGUGGUUGGACAAGGAGAAGACGAAAAUUUUUUGGUGCUGGUGAUAUCAAUGUUUUGUCUAUUCAGCCAUGGAACAUGCUCGACGAGGCUAAAAGACGAACAGUAGAGGAAGACGAAUUGAGCAAGGAAAAUGAUGAUUCUGCUGGCAUCCAAUUGAUUAUUCAGAUAUCUGUUUUCAAUCCAAAGGCAAAAACGAAACCGCAAGACAAACUCCACCGAAGCUUACUACGAGAAGUGGAAGCCCAGUGGAGCAAUACAAGUGCCUCAAGCGAUCAUCUGGCAAGUAGCAAUUGCAAAGCUCUAGAGAUGUACUCGUUGGCAAAGGAUGCCGUAUACCUUUCAACGGAAUGGUUGAAGCAACCAAAGUUCGAGGUCGCCCUUGCGAAAGGGUUGCCAAAGGUAUCAAGAGCACGGGUUAUUUCUGCCUGGACGAUCAACACGCAAAUCUACGAUGACGAAAUCAACUACUUUGGUCCGAUAGGAUCUCGAUGGGGCCCAUAUAUAUUUGGCUUUCGACUCUUCUUUGAGCUGAUUUACAAGGCUUGCUUCAUAUGGAUCGUUUGCACUUUUCUUUUCUACAGUCUCGACAGGUGCUGCAUCCUCUUCAACCUUGUUCCAUUGCGCCAACGUUGGCGGUCUUUCAUUCUGCGGGUUUGCAAGUGGCGGGUUGGCAACAAGCGGUCGAAGUUUGAAGAGCUGACGCCUGAUGAUUUCGAAGAAAUCGUGGAAUCAUUUGAAUUCGAAUUGACUACGGCAGACUAUUCAAAAGAACGCAGCACAACACCGAAACGGCGUAAUCUAAGUUCAGAAGCAUAA